GCACAGCCCGGCUGCCAGCGCCGAGGAGGAGACCAGAUGGGGAAACACUCUCCCUGUUCAUUGUCCUACAUCUCGGGAGGGUGAGGAUCAGGGCUGCUGGAUUGAUGCUGAUUCCUUUCUUUCCUUGCAUCCCUCCCACACAGCAAUCCCAGCCCCGGCUGCUCCCGUCGCUGCUCGCAUCCCUGCUCACAUCCCUGCCACCAGCGCGGGAAGGGAGGAGGAGGAGGAUGCUCUACGGGCACUGAGGAUUCGGGCAUUGAAGAGCGUCUCUAAGCAGAGCCAUGCUCCCCUUGGGCUCAGCGCUGAUCAGUCUCUGCACAAGCUUCUGAAGCAGAUCUGGAGCUGCGGCAUUCAUGGAGACACAAUGAAAGCAUAGCCCCAUCCUGUGGGCAGGCACCGAUGCUCUGUGCCCCCCCAGCCACCAUGGAGCUCGCUAAUAGCAAAGACUUCCAGUGGAAAACCCUCGCCCCACUCCCGAGCCGCAGGGUCUACUCGACGCUGGUGGAAGCUGGGGGGCAAGUGUUUGCCAUUGGGGGCUGUGAUGACAACGGGGUCCCCAUGGACUGCUUCGAGGUCUACUCCCCCGAGGCUGACCAGUGGACCUCGCUGCCCCCCAUGCCCACGGCCAGGGCUGGGGUGGCCGUGGCCACCUUGGGCAAGAGGAUCAUGGUGAUCGGAGGGGUCGGAGUGAAUCAGCUGCCGGUGAAGAUAGUGGAGAUGUACAACAUCGAUGAGGGCAAGUGGAAGAAGAGGAACUCGCUGAGAGAGGCAGCCAUGGGCAUCUCUGUGACAGCAAAAGACUACAGAGUCUAUGCAGCCGGCGGGAUGGGAUCCGACCUGCGGCCACACAACUACCUGCAGCACUAUGACAUGCUGAAGGACAUCUGGGUGUCACUGGCAGCCAUGCCUACACCCAGGUAUGCUGCCACGUCCUUCCUGCGAGGCACCAAGAUCUACGUGCUGGGUGGAAGGCAGUCCAAGUACGCUAUCAAUGCCUUCGAGGUCUUUGACACAGAGACCAGGUCGUGGACCAAGUUUCCCAACAUCCCCAACAAAAGGGCCUUCUCCAGCUUUGUGCCCACAGAAGACAAACUCUUCAGCCUCGGGGGCCUGCGGCAGGGACGGCUCUACCGGCAGCCCAAGUUCAUGAGGACCGUGGACAUGUUUGACAUGGAGCAAGGUGGCUGGAUGAAGAUGGAGCGCUCCUUCUUCCUGAAGAAGAGGCGAGCAGACUUUGUGGCUGGCUACCUGAGAGGCAGAGUUGUCGUGGCUGGGGGACUAGGAAACCAGCCGACCGUCCUGGAGUCUGCAGAAGCCUUCCACCCCGAGAAGAACAAGUGGGAGAGCCUCCCCCCCAUGCCCACCCCGCGCUGCGCCUGCUCCAGCAUCGUGCUCCACAACUGCCUGCUGGCCGUUGGGGGGGUGAGCCAGGGCCUGAGCAGUGCCGUGGAGGCCCUGUGCAUCUCCGACCCCUAACCUCGUCCUGCCCAGAGCAGGACCCUGCCCCUCGCUGCCUCCAGCAGUGGUGGUGAUGCUGGGCAGCACCCCUGGGAGCCUGCAGCCAGGGCGGCUGGUCCUCCCCUUCCCGGGUGCUGCCGUUCCAGCCCCAUGGAGGGAAGGAGCACUUUGGCCCCUCCAGUUGUCUUCAGAGCUCUAUGGGCAAUCUCAGAUGAAGGAACUGCUCACAACGCUGCUGUGCCCUGGCUCCUGCCAGCAGGAAGGACUGUGGACAUCAGGGCAUAGGCAAGUGGCUCUUUGGGAUGUCCUGGCCUCUACCAAAGGUGAUGAGUUUGGAUGCAGUGGGAGUAUCCAGACAGGUCAGUGGUGGUUCAGGGAGAACUGGUGGGAUGUUGUCCUCUUUGAGCAUCCUGGGAUUGUUGUGUGCUUCCUGGCACAGAUCCUCUUGGCUUGCAGCAAGGGAUGCUCUUAUCUUGCAGCCAGAUUCUGGGGAUCAUUCUUUUGCCUUCAUAGCAAGGCUUUUCCUGCAAACCUGUAGCAUUUGACUGUCAGUUUGGCAGAAGCUGGAGCUGCCAAUGCUCCUGGGAGGGAUAAAUGCCCAAGUGACUGUUUUGGCUAGAGAGAAGACCUUACUUUUGGCACAGGACUAGCACAAGUACUACCUUUCCUGGGUUUCAUGCAAAGAUGGCCUCAACCUGCAAUGUUCCAAGUUGGUUUUUAGCUCCUUUAGUGAUUUGGAAUCCUCUUUUCAGCCCUGGGGAAAAGGAGGUGAUGGCUUCGCUCAGCAAAGCCAGAAUUCCCUGUCUCUUGCCUCCUCUUUGGUUUCUCCUUCCCAGGCAUUUUGCGGGAGGGGUGUCUGAACUGUUGGGUUCCAGUUCUAGCUUGUAGCACUUGCACCAUUAAAUGCUGUCUUCAGAAAAGCC